AUGGGCGGCCUCCUGUCAUUGAGAGACAAGACUGCAUUGGAAUGGAAUCAAAUCUACAAAAACAUGAGCUGGCAGUUGACAAACAAUCAAAUGCUGGAACCAGUAAAGCGCAUCCUGUUGCUUAGUUUCUAUGAUCUGUGGUAUCACCUUAAACAUUGUUUCCUGUAUUGUUGCAUGUUUCCUGAGGAUUACUUAAUUCACCGCAAGCAGCUGAUUAGGUUAUGGGUGGCAGAGGGUUUUGUGGAGGAGACAGGUAAAAUUACAAUGGAGGAGGUGGCAGAAGAAUAUCUGAAGGAACUCAUCCAUCGAAACAUACUUCAGGUUGUUGAGACGAAUGAGUUUGGAAGGUUGAAAACAUGUCGAAUGCACGAUAUUGUGCGUGAAGUGGCAUUAUCCAUAAGUGAAGAAGAAAAGUUCUGCAUGACAAACAAUGAGCUGCAAGCAAGGCAAAAUGGCAAAGUCCGCCGCAUGUCAAUCUACAGUAGUGGCGAAAUUAAUCAUUCGAGCGCAGGUACGACACAUCUUCGUUCCCUCAUGGUGUUUGAUGGAAACAUGUCAUUUUCAUCUUCUUUAAAUACGAUGGCAUCAAGCUUUAGAUUGCUGAGGGUCCUAAAUCUAAGAGGGAUUCCUAUCGAAAGCAUACCAGAUGAAGUGACUAACAUGUUCAAUUUACGGUAUCUAAACUUGAGGGAAUCUAAAGUUAGGGAGCUUCCCGAAUCUUUAUGGAAGCUACAGAACCUUCAAACACUGGACGUCAGGAAUACGGAGCUAGAGAGGCUACCCAGUGGGAAUGUGAAGCUACGGAAACUACGACACCUGUUUAUUUAUCGAAUUACUGACAGGACUUAUAAUAGUUUUGAUUACUACAAAAGCAUCCAAGUUGCUAUAAGAAUAUGUAAUUUAACAAGUUUACAAAGUCGAUAUGAUAUUGAUGACAAAGAAGUGGAGAUUGUUAGAAAAGUUGGGAACUUAACCCAACUUAGAAGUCUUGGCAUUUCUAAGGUCAGAGAAAUUGAUGGAGUUGAGUUGUGCAAUUCAAUCGGAAAGAUGAAACACCUUCUGAAGUUGGUUGUGUUUGCAAGUUCAGAGGAAGAAACACUUCAAUUGGAAGCACUCUCCACUAACCCUCCACCGCUUCUUCAGAAGCUUUGCCUGAACGGGCGUUUGGAGUAA